AGUACCCCUCCACCACAACAGACCCAUGAAGACUCAAUUACUCACAUUCACAUGCUUUUUCUUCAUCCUAUGCUUCAAUGUUUUACCACUCCGUUCAUGUGAAACCACUUCCAAUAAGAAAACCAGAGGUGAUCAUGAUCAACUCAUGAUGCAGGAUCAACAUCUCACCAGCAAAAAUGAUACAGUGAUUGAAUCGAUCGAAGAAGAUAUUAAUCAAUUAAGCUUAAAAAGAGUGCAUGAAAUAAUUCAUCAUCCUAAGAGUAGAGGAGUUUAUGGUAAUUCAGAUAUUCUUCGGCGCAACCAUCGUCGCAGUGGAAGCUCACCAGUGAGGCCAUUUUCUAUCCUCUCUACAACACCACUUGGGCAGGUUACAAUCGGAUUGCUUGUUGUUAGUUUAUUCUUUUCGUUGGUGUAGAGGUUUCUGUAUGAAUAUAUAUAUACACACACGCACACACACACAUACAUAUAACUGUUUAGAGAUGCAAACUUUCCCACACGAUUUAUUUUGAUUGUAUGGUUGAUAUAAACUGCCUAUAUGUCUUGUUCUUGUAUUAUAUAUAAAUAUAACUUUAUGGGCUUGCUUGAUUUCUACUUUGUUCUUUUGGUUUUUCUUUUUUCAUUGUCAAUUUGAAUCCGUGACCAGCCUUCUUUAAUUUUUUGUGUUUUUUAAUUAAUAACUUCUACUAUUUUAUUAUUUUUUGUUUUUUAAAAUUUUUUAUUUUUCGUUAAAGUAACAAAAUUGUAUUGGGUAAAUCUGCUUCUAUCCCUCUGGAAGUCUGGAUUAGGGGAAUUAUGCAUAGGGGAGGAUUACACUAUUGUGUAGGUCAUUAUAAAUAUUUAAAAGAAAAUAAAGAUUUUUUUUUUUUUUUUUUUUUUUUUUUU